AUAGAGUUAAACCAUUAGGACUAGCAUGAGGAAACUGAUUAAAAGCUUCCAAAUGCUCUUUGCCUGCAUUUUUAUGUUAUUUAUCUAUGGAAACUUUGCUGCAACAGACAGUAUCAGUCCGGAUCAAUCCAUCAGAGACAGAGAUGGUGACACUCUAGUUUCAGCUGUUGGAGCUUUUGAAGUAGGAUUUUUCAGUCCAGGCAAUUCAAAAGGCCGAUACUUGGGAAUAUGGUACAAAAAUGUUUCUCCUAGGACGGUUGUGUGGGUAGCCAACAGGGAAGCUCCACUAAACAAUCAUUUUGGAGUUUUAAAUGUCACUCAUGAAGGUACUCUUGUCUUGCUUGAUGAAAGAAAUAGCAGAGUUUGGUCAUCCAAUAAAUCAAGAACUGCUCAAAAUCCAGUUUUGCAGCUCUUGGAUUCUGGAAAUCUUGUUGUGAAAGAUGGAAAUGAAACCGACUCAGAGAAGGCUUUGUGGCAGAGUUUUGAUUAUCCUUGUGACACCUUGCUACCUGGCAUGAAGCUUGGGAAGAAUUUUGUUACCGGUCAGGUUAGAUCUCUAUCAACUUGGAAGAGCCCAAAUAAUCCUUCUCCAGGUCAGUUUUCAGCAUCCAUAGAUCCUCAAGGGUUUCCUCAGCUAGUUGUUAGGGAGGGACAUAAAAUGCAUUUUAGAGUAGGGUCAUGGAAUGGACUUCGUUUUACAGGGUCUCCUGAGCUGAAAGAACUUCGCCUCUUUAAGUAUGAAUUUCAGUUAACAAAGAAUGAGGUAUCUUACGAAUGGGAGCUUCAAAAUCCUCAAAGUUCUCUGCUAUCAAGGUUGGUGGUGAACCAAUCAGGCUUUCUUCAACGCUUUGCCCGAGCAACUCCACUAUUAGGUUGGACUCCGAUAUAUGCUGCACCACUUGAUCAAUGUGACUAUUAUGCAGUAUGCGGUGCAUAUGCCAGCUGCAGAACCUUUAACUCUCUUACAGUAUGUGCUUGCUUGGAUGGAUUUGAACCGAAGUCCCCUAAGGAAUGGAGGGCGUCAAACUGGUCUAGUGGGUGUGUUCGAAAGUCUAAUUUGGAUUGCAGAAAUGAUGACUUUCAAAGGUUUAGAGGGUUUAAAUUGCCAGACACAUCAAAUUCUCAGUUUAACACAAGCAUGAGCCUCACAGAAUGCAGAGAAAAUUGUUUUAGGAACUGCUCUUGCACAGCCUACGCAAAUUCAAAUAUCAGCAAUGGAGGAAGUGGAUGCCUGCUUUGGUUUGAUGAGCUUGUUGACAUGAGAGAAUACACUGAAGGCGGGCAAGACCUCUACAUACGAAAAGCUAAGCCAAAACCAGGUUAUGGUAAGAAGCAAGUAGCGAUUAUUGUCAGCUCUGUAAUGUUGACUGGAAUGGUUUUCAUUGGAUUAUUAUGCUACAUAAGGAUCAAGAAACUAAGGAAGCAAGGAGGAGGCGAAAAUGAGGAGAUGGAUUUACCAAUAUUCGAUUUAGCCACCAUAGUGAAAGCAACAGAUAACUUUUCAAGUGACAACAAGCUAGGACAAGGUGGCUUUGGACCUGUUUACAAGGGAACAUUGGCAGAGGGGCAAGAAAUAGCAGUUAAGAGGCUUUCAAAAAGCUCCGGGCAAGGAAUGGUAGAGUUCAAAAAUGAAGUUAUACUGAUUGCCAAACUUCAACACCGUAAUCUUGUUAAGCUUCUUGGUUGCUGCAUUCAAGGAGAUGAAAAGAUGUUGAUCUAUGAAUAUAUGACCAACAAGAGUUUGGACUAUUUUAUCUUUGAUCAAACGAAGAAGACAUUAAUAGAUUGGCAGAGGCGGAUGCAUAUCAUUGUUGGAAUUGCUCGAGGACUUCUUUAUCUUCAUCAAGAUUCUAGAUUGAGGAUUAUCCACAGGGACCUCAAAGUCGGUAAUGUCCUACUAGACAAAGAUAUGAACCCAAAAAUCUCAGACUUUGGGUUGGCUAGAAUGUUUCAGGGAGAUCAAAUUGAAGCAAACACAAAUAGAGUUGUUGGAACUUAUGGUUAUAUGUCUCCUGAGUAUGCAGUAGAUGGACACUUCUCAAUAAAAUCUGAUGUUUUUAGCUUUGGCGUGAUAGUGCUCGAGAUCAUAAGUGGAAAGAAGAAUAGAGGAUUUUGCCACCCGGAUCACAACCAUAAUCUUCUUGGACAUACAUGGAGAUUAUGGAUGGAAGAAAGAGCACUGGAAGUAAUGGACACCAUGUUAGGUGACUCUUACACUGUUUCUGAGGUUCUACGCUGCAUUCAUGUGGCUCUGCUAUGUGUCCAAAAACGACCAGAGGACAGGCCAGAUAUGUCAUCUGUGGUUCUAAUGUUGGCCAGUGAGAAUUCAUUGCCUCAACCAAAACUUCCCGGUUUUUACACCGAAAGGAAUCUACCAGAAGAAGAGGCUUCAUCAAGCCAGCAUGAACGUGUUUCAAAUGGAGUAACAAUUUCAACGUUGCAAGGACGGUAAAGCAUCAUCAAUUGAAACAAAAAUGUUAAAAAUAAAAGGGAAAGGCUGGUAUAUGUAAUGUCAUAGUCAACAUCCUGGAUAUCAUUUUCUUGGCAGUAAUGAGCUAAGAAAAUUGUGUACCAUGC